AUGAUAACAAAAGAGUCCAAACGUCGAACUCUUUUGUUAGAUCGUGAUCUGACUAAAGAUCAUGACACCUUCGAUGAAAAUUUUUCAAUAGAAGCGGAAAUUGAGAUCAAGAUGUUUUCUAACAACAGGAGAGUUGAAAGUAAACAAAGUCAACAUCAAAAGGCUGUCUUUACUAAUAAUGACACUUGUCACAAAGUUCGUCUUAUGAAAUGGGACGUCUUGAGAAGAAGAUUUUCUGCAGACGAAGAAGUCAAAAUUGAACUCAAUUUUCGAAUCACCAAAUUGAGCGGAGUUGUGGCCAAAAAAACGUUGGAUUUCGGUGAAAGCAAGAAAAAAUGUUCGGAUGUUACACUUUUGGUUGGAGAGGAAAAGUUUUACCUUUCCAAAUUGACUUUAUCCUACCAAUCAUCCUAUUUCGAGUCUAUGUUCCUUGGAAACUUCGCAGAGGCCGACAAAUCGGAAGUAACUCUUCAGGAUAUCGAUCCCCAAGAAUUCCAGAAGUUUUUGGAAGUUUUGCACGGAGGAAAGGCCCUUGAUGAUGACUAUUUCGUUGCUAUUCUUUGCCUCGUUGACAUGUUCGACGCUUCAAUCGCUCGUAAGCAAUGUGAAGACUACCUGAUGGAAAAAUCAAAGAAGUCAUUGAGAGAGAAGCUGGAAUUGGCGGUGCAGUACAAAAUGGAGAAUGUCAAGGCCAAGUGUCUCUCCGACAUGAAAACUGCCGAUGAUAUUCGUUCCGUUGUGCCAGAGAAACUCGAGAAACUCGAUCCUUCUCUUAUGCCGGCGAUUCUCCAAAAAGCUUUGAAUCUUCUGAAGUGA